UGAGACAUGGAGCUGUGUAACACGGCUGGAGAGGGUGCAGGGGACUGAGGCGCGUUCUCCUUGUCUUAUCCGCUCCCUACGGCCACGCCCUAUUCUUCCUCCUUCAGUGUGUGCGUAGCUCCAUGCGCCGGGUGCUGUGUAAUAGGACCGUGAGGGGAGUCAGUGACUGAUUUAGCAGGCCAGACAGGCAGCCGGGAGGAGUCGGCGUGGUGACCGCAGACAGAUUCUCCAUAUAGGUCUUCUCUCGCAACUAUUGACGCCAUCUGUUUCUGAAGACCGCUGGUAAAUGAUGGCUAGUUUUUCAGCUGAGGAUGAAGUCUCGCUCCAGUCAAUGGUUCGACAGCUCCUGCAAAGCGUAAAGGAAAGACUGACCACUGCACCAUCUGCCGAAUGUGCUGAAGAGAUUCUGCUGCACCUCGAGGAAACUGAUGAACAUUUUCACAAUUAUGAGCUGGUGAAGUACCUGAGACAUUACAUCAAGAGCUGUCUGGGAACUGUGAUAGAGGAUGAAACAGAGAGAUGUACCUUUGCUCAGAGUCAGGGAGAGGGAUCUGGAUAUGAUACUCUCGUACACCGUGUCACCAAACGCACACGCGAAUCUAAAGAGUACUCCGAGAUGAUGCUUUCACUCAAGAAUGUUAUAAUGGCUGUUGUAGAGACUCUUCUCAAUAAGUUUGAAGAGGAUCAGGCUAAAAAUAGAGAAAUGCAGAAAAGGGCUUUGCAUGAGCAACAUAGUAGAUAUGCCGACAACUGCUCUGACAGUGAUUCAUCCUUCAAUCAGAGUUAUACUUUUAUGAAUCAAGAACAAUUGCAACUUAUUGCUGAACAGUUAGAUCCAAGUCAACCUGAGGAGAUACGGAAAGAGGCAAUGCAAACAUUGUGUUCUGCUCCGCCAUCUGAUGUUCUCAACUGUGAAUGCUGGCAUGUUCUUCAUAAAAAUCUAACUCUGUCACUGGCCAAUCCAGACUCUACAUUCACCGAGAGAAUUUUACGAUUUUAUGCUAAAACUUUUUCUUCAUCACCAUUAAAUAUGGCAAGAGAAGUCUACACAAGCUUGGCCAAACAUUUGGAAUUGUCAUUUGCUUCUAAGGAAGGUCACAAACCAAUAUUAGUAACGGGUAUAGACCUGAACAAUCCAGAAGUUGUCCGUACAUUAAAAAAGAUUCGUCUCUUAAAUGAUUACCAGAAGGAGGUUCCAUCUUUCUGGAUUCGUCAUCCAGAAAAGUACAUGGAAGAAAUCAUAGAGAGCACGUUGUCCCUGUUAUCAGUAACUCAAGAUUCAAAUUCACAAAUGCUACUGGAUCCAGUAUUUUACUUGUCAAUGACUGAUACCAAGGCUUUGUGGUUCAAAAAAUGGAUGCAUGCCUAUUAUAGCAGGACUGUGGUAUUAAGACUUCUUGAGAAGAAAUAUAAAUCUUUGAUUGUUGCAGCUAUUGAGCAGUGUUUCUAUUAUUAUGAAUCAUCACAGUCAGGAGUCGAUGAAAACACUAAAACAACAGCAUCCUCCCAGCUACAUCCUGGCACUAAACAGAAGACAUUCUACUCCAGAAGAGAAUUACAUUAUUUAUACUUUGUUCAUUCACUUAGUCUUCUCGGAAGACUGCUGAUAUAUAAACAUGGCAGAAAACUGUUUCCCAUAAAACUGAAAAACCGAAAAGAAAUGGUUUCCCUGUCUGACCUAGUAGUGCUGUUUAUACAUAUUAUGUUGUAUUGCCCAAAUGGUCAGAAGAGGACACUUGGAGCAUAUGCAGACACUCUUGCUCCAGCGAGUUUGGCUAUGGAGGUCCUACGUAUGCUUUGUGACCGCAAAGAAUGUGCCAGCGAAUGUUUGUACACUGGAGCUAUUAUAGCGACACUAAUUUCUCCAAUACAAAAAUUGCUGAAAGGAAAGAAGGUUCAGCCAAACUGUGAUGAAACCACGCUUACUUUUGUUGCUGACAUUUUAGCAAGGAUUGGUUCAAGUGAAGCAGGGCUUUCCCUUCUUCUGUAUGGAGAAAAAACAGAAUGUGUCAAAGAUUGCAAUACAGGUGCUCAUGUAAUUGCUCAGUUUUCCAAAAAGCUUCUUAAUGAAGAUAUUCCUGACUUAACUGAAUCAGACUUACUGCCUGUGCUGAAAGGAUCUUUCAUAUUUGUGUGUCGCCAAAUAUACCAUACAUGUGAAGGACUCCAAGUGUUGACUCCAUAUCAGUUACAUGACUGCAUUGCUGGUGCCUGGAAAAAGACAAUUUUUCUUUCUGAAAGAACCCCAACGCCUGUUGCUGGAGCUGCAUCUCUUUCAUCUGGAAGCCCGGAUUCACAGGGGACAAUAGUAUGGGAGGAAUCAUUGCUUGAUAGCUUGUUGAACUUUGCUGCUACUCCAAGGGGACUUCUACUUCUCCAACAAACUGGAGCCAUCAAUGAAUGUGUGACUUACAUGUUUAGCCGAUUUACAAAAAAACUCCAGGUUAGCAGAAGUGAAAAAUUUGGUUAUGGACUUAUGGUUACACAAGUGGCAGCAAUAGCCCCUGGUGCAGUAGCCCUGCAAAAGUCAGGCUUUAUUCAGGCUUUUGUCACUGACUUGUGGGCUGCACUAGAAUGUGGGAGAGAUGAUGUCAGGGCUUUUCAUCCUAAGCCUACCCCCGUGGAUCCCAUAGACAGAAGCUGUCACAAGUCUUUUCUAGCAUUGGUGAACCUACUGUAUUCCUACCCUGCUGUUUAUGAGCUGCUUUGCAACCAAGAAUUGCCAUCAAAAGAUGAAUACUCUCUGCGUGAAGUCCCUACUUCCUUUGUUGAUAUCUUUGAUCGUCUUGUGAUUGUAGAUUCAGUGGCUAAAAUAAAUUCAUUAUUUAACUAUGACCAGUCACACAUUUUUGGAUUAAGAUUGCUGAGUGUUUUAUGCUGUAAUCUUGACACAUUAUUACUUCUAGAAUCCCAAUACAAAGUAUGCAAGAUGCUUUUAAAUGCUCAAAGAGAAAAUGUUACAGACUCUUCAACUGAUUUGGAGAGUGUCAUUAUUGAUGGUUUGUCUGUGGAAAGAAACCACCUUCUUGUUCGAAUGAAUGUCCUUGGAGGACCGCAUGAGCGUAUCCUGCCUCCUAGAGUUUUGCUUCAGGCUAACGAUCCAUAUCCCUGGCCAAUGUUUUCAUCCUAUCCCUUGCCAAAGUGCUAUACUCCAGAGAUUCCUGCUACAGAUGACCCUAAACUAGACCACGAACUCUUGAAGUUUCUUUCCUCUGGAAAUACAGAGUCAACAGUAAGUUGGCUAGAGAAUUGCAAGAGACUGUUCUGCAAGACUAUUACAUCUAAACCUGGAUCUUUAAGGGGAGCUGUUUAUGGAGAAUUAUUGGAUAAAUAUGUUUCCCACCUUUACGAAAUUCCUGCUAAUUGUGUUUUUCAGCAAUCUGAAUGCAAAGAUGCACAUAUGAUACAAAAUGAAAGUCUUCUUCCAUUCCAGCAACUAGGUGUACAAAUGGUUAUUAGGUAUGGCAAACAUCUAGGUCUAUUAACCAGUAAUGGUGAACAAGAUCUAAUUCAGCUCCUUAAACAGUGUGAGCUAUUUCUUAAACAGCAGCAAGUAUCUGUCAGCUCUCCAUUGCGGUAUUUACAUGGAAGCUAUUCUGGUCAUGACUGGUUUGCAUCUUCUGUGUUCCUGAUAAUGUCAGGAGACAGUGAAAGAACAUUAACAUUUCUACAGAAAUUGUCUAGCCUCCUAGUCUCAGCAUACCUCUGGCUUCCACGGCUUCACAUUUCUAAGCACUUGCCUGUUGACAUAGUGCAGGCUGGAAUCCAUCCAAUAUUCUUUUGCACUGCUCAUUACAUUGAGAUGCUGAUGAAGGCUGAGGUUCCACUUGUUUUUUCAGCGUUCCGCAUGUCUGGCUUUACUCCCUCCCAGAUUUGUCAGCAUUGGCUAAGUCAGUGUUUCUGGAAUUACCUGGACUGGUGGGACAUUUGUCAUUACAUUGCUGUAUGUAUCAUUCUGGGGGCGGAUUACCAGGUGUAUCUGUGUAUAGCAAUAUUCAAACACCUGCAGCAGGACAUCCUGCAACACACACAAGCCCAGGAUCUACAAGUCUUCUUGAAACCAAGACACAGAUUCAGAGGUACAGAGGAAGAAGCAAUCCAUGGAUUUAACAUUGGCAAUUAUCUUGAGUACAUGAAAAGCCUCGAACAGAUGUACAGGCUGAUGAUCUUAAAAGAAAUGAGAAAUUUUACAUUUAAAUGAAAAAUCAAGAAAAAUAUAUAAUUACAGACUGCACUGGUCUUAGGUUAAAAAUGUAUAUAGAGAAAACACAUUGAUAUAUUUGUAUGCAAACACUGCAGUGAUGUGUGCUGAGUCUUUAAUUUAUAUUUCAUAGUUUAAUUUGAUUUUUUUUUUUUUUUUUUUACAUUUUCCUUAGAGGUGUUUUAUGAUCUGUAGUAGUUAUAGGAAACGGCAAUGGAUUAUACAGUGUUUACCUGUACUGUUUAAGACAAAUGACUAGACUAACCUUUUUAAAGAAAUCAAAUAAAUUAUUUAUUUUCAUAAUUAUGAAA